AUGACCAAAGAGACCACUCCCCCUCCCACCACCACCACAACCACCACAACCACAACCGCACCAACCCACGAACCACCGUCACAACCCGCCUCUCCCCUCGCCAAACGAACAAAACCCAACACCGACGACAACGACAACAUGUCUACUCCCGCCGUCACCUCCAUCUCCACACCCCUCCCACCCCUCUUCGUCAAGAAACUCACCGAAACCGCCCUACCACCGACCCGCGGAUCCGCGUUCGCAGCGGGAUACGACCUCUACAGCGCGAAGGAGACUGUGAUCCCCGCGAAGGGGAAGGCGCUGGUUGAUACGGGGCUUGCAAUUGCUGUACCGGAGGGAUGCUAUGGCCGCGUGGCACCGCGGAGUGGACUUGCUUCGAAGCACUUUAUUGAUACCGGGGCUGGUGUUAUUGAUGCUGAUUAUCGGGGUGAGGUGAAGGUGUUGUUGUUUAACUUUUCUGAGGUGGAUUUUGCGGUUAAGCAGGGGGAGAGGGUUGCGCAACUUGUUUUGGAGAGGAUUUACACCCCUGAGGUUACGGUCGUUGAGGAAUUGGAAGAGAGUGUUCGUGGUGCAGGUGGUUUCGGAAGCACUGGUGCUUAAUUUGUUUGA